AUGCUUAUAUUUUUGGAUAUGGCAUCAACUGAUUCAAUUAGGUUUUUGUUCCGAAUUGCCGGUUUUAUUAAGUGUGCCAUUAAUGUUUACAAGUAAUGGCUAAUUAAAUUAAAAUGUUUAAAUUAUUUAAAAAUUCUAGAUCAGCAAGGAGACACUUACCACACAUACUGCUAAAUUUACAUGCUAUUGAUAAGCAAUUAAAACCGUGCUAUUUAUGGGAUGCAUUUAUAGCCGAUGUUGAUGAAAUUCAAAACUAUUUAAAUGUGCUAAAUUCUUGUGGGAAAAUAAACAAAAACCUAAGCGUAUUUUCUGUAAAUGAUACUCAUUUUGUCACCCAAAAAGAGCAUUUAAAAAAUCAUGCCGAAAUUUUCGCCACAGAUGAAAUAAAUUUAGUUGACGUGUCAGACAGUGGUGAUAAACCAUGUAUGCUUUAUGAUGACGAAAAGAAGCAGGCACUGAAACCCAUCGUGAAAAAUGUUAGCAUAAUAUUGAAUAUGCUUGCCGAGAACCGUGAUGUGCAUGACAUCGCUCUCAAUGUUGAUUUUUCUGUUUGCAAUCUCACUACUCUUUACGGAGCAUUGUUAGGUUAUCCUGUUCUAUAUUGGUACAGUCCUCAAGAAUCGAAUUCUAGCUCAACAUGUUUAUCAAUGGUACCUCUUGUUGUUUACCGAGUUACAAAUUGUAAGGAAGAGACUAACGUUCCAAAUCCCGCUCAUAAAAACAAUAGAUUAUACGACCAUCAAAUUUUUGCUUUUAGCACACCAAAAAGUUUGUUCAAUCCUAUUGAGUGUGGAGUAAAUAGCUGGUUUAAAGAACUUGAAGCUAAAUGUGAAAAUUCUAUGUUUGAUGAUUUAACUUUAAGUCGUGGUUUUGUUACAUUGCCAUAUAUUUCUAUGUGAGUAACAAAAUAUUUGAGAAUAUUCACAAAAUCCCAAAUAUUUUAUUUAAUUUUUCCGAAGAUGUGAUUGAAAACAUUUCUUAGAACUAUUUUUUAUGUUAUGAAAUUCACUUUAUCUAUGGGUUCUUAUUUCAUAGUCAUGAAAAUGUGUUUAUUAUUAUUUUAUUUGACCCUUCUAAAGAAGAAUUGCAUAAUUAUCAUUUCAAUAUAUUCAGACCCAUUUUUUUAAAGCUAUAAAAAUUUUCAUAGAGCAUAACAAACUCUCAAAAGUUUUUGAUCGGAAAUUAUUUUUGACAGAUGCUCUGUUUUUUGGCUUGUCAGAAAUUCCUUUUUUUUAAAAAAAAAACAAAAACAAUAUUUUCUUUACUCAUUAAUGUUAUUUGAACAUUACCUAUAAUAGUAUAGUUAAAUUUGAUAGGACCUAUAGUUUUAGUUUGAAAUAAGUAUGUUCUAAUUUAUAGAAAUGAAAACAGAUAUAGAAAUUUAAUGGAAAAAAUAAAUUAUUAAGUGCUUAUCAUAAAUGUCAAAAAAAUAUUUCAAAUAUGUCAUGCUUAAAAUCUUAAGCUAUAAAAUUAUUACAUAACUUAAUCCUAUUAUAAUAAUAAAUUUUUGAUUAAAAAAUAUGUUCCUGUUUUUGUAUGGACACUGUUUUCGUAAUUUCUUAUGAUCUUUAUAAGUAAGACUAUUUUGAUUUCAUUAUAUUUCAUUUGCAUGAUUUAUUUAUUUGUUCUGUUUAUUAUUUUUUCGAAAAAAAGUAGCAUGAUAGUUUUUUUAAAAACUUUAUUUUAUAAUUUAUAACUGGAAAGAAUUCUACCAGAUUCAAGUUUUUCUUCUUCUUUCUAAUGCUGUUUAGAUUCUUCUGAUUCUAUCAGCACAGAUCUUUUUCUAAUAGUAACUGGAGAUUAAAAUGUCUGGAUAUAAAAUUGUCUAUUAUUAGAGAGUAGCAAAUAAUGGGGCAUCUUCAAUUUCACCUAAAAUAAUUUAUUUUCUGAUUUUUUUAUCAGUUGCUGUAACCAUGCAAUCCUAUUUAAUGUUUUGGAUAAUUUUAGUUAUGGAUUAUAUGAGUUUAUGUAAUAAAAAAAGGCUAUUUUGCCAGAAAAAUAUAAAAUAAACUCAUAAUUUCAGUAAAUUUUCAAAAUUAAUUUUUUUACUACUAAUGUUUUACAGAUUUAAUACAAUAACUUUUUCAAUGAUCUAGUUGUGCAUAGUCCCAUCUUUUUUAUUGUUUUCUUUCUAAUAAAAUGUUACAUAAAUAAAAAGGUAUGAUUUACCUUUUAAGUGUUUUCUUAAUUUAAAGAAAAAGAUAAUUCAGUUAGUGAAGAUUUACUUAGGCUGCAUUUAAGCACCUUUUUCCUCAAGGAAAUUUAACCCCACCAUAAAAUUUGUAAGCUACAAAUCGGUUGUGGUUGCCCCCUUUGACAUGGUUAGGGUCAGCCGAGGGGGAGAUAAGGAUUGAUAGAUUUAUGAAGAAUUAGAAUGCAGAAAGUCUUGUCUUAACAAUUUGUUCUUGAGGAAUAUAACAUUUCUUUCAAUUUGUUUUUAUGGGGUAUCUAUUUCAUUGAAUGAAAAAGCUGUUUGCACGUAGCCUUGUAAAUUGUUGAAGAGAAGGCAUGCAUUUUUGUCAUGUUGCAGAGAUAGCUGGAAUUUUAGAUAAAUCUAAAAUAUCCAAAUUUAACAGAUAAAUUACAUCUUUGUAAUGUGAAUUCAACUAUUUUUCAUUACUCUUUCAUGUAUAAGUGUGAGUUUCAUGUAAGCUAUGUAACUUUCUUUAUUUCAUUUAGUAUUGGAAGAGAAGUAUACUGAAUAUUUAAUUAAAAAAAUGAAUAUAGUAUUGAUUGUCUGAUGUUAUUCCAUUAAAAUAUAUCUGUGAUACUUAUAAUCUUUUGUAAUACAGUUUACUAACAUCUUGUUAUGGAUAUAAUAAUCUUUGCCAAUUUUGCAAGCAUAGAAAUUAGAUAUAUUGUGUAUGUUAAAAGU